AUGGAACAAAAUUAUUCAAAUCGUGGUAAACGAACACUUUAUUUGUCCAAUAUUAAUCUUUAUACAUCGAUUGAUCAUAUUUAUCAAACAUUUAGUCAGGCAGGUCCAGUGGAAAAAGUUAAUUUACAUGAAAAUAUUGAUGGUACACCACAAUAUGCAGUUGUUGUUUUUAAAGAGAUUAAUUCAGUAAUGCAUGUAAUGGCUGAUUAUAAUCGUUAUCAACUUGGAUUCAAUAUUAUUCAUUGUUUAAGCAAUAUACCAUCUGAAUUAUCCAAUCAAUGGAAUAUUUCACGUCAAAUUGGAUAUGAGAAAAAAUGUGCUCAACAAUCGCAUCUUUAUAAUAUCAGAGUUUUUAAAAAGAAUAAUUACAAGAAGAAUGAUACAAAGAGAGAAAUUGCUACUACAAUAUCAUCAAAUGAUGGUUGGAAUCCAUUCAACAGUUCAUUAAAAUCUCCUAUUACUUCUUCCAAUUUCUUAAAAUUCAACUCUACCAUUUAA